CGCUAUUGGAUCGUUCUAUUCGUCGCAACCUUAAAGCAGUGAUGUGUUGUGUAACUUGUAUGUACUAUGGUAAUAGGAGGUAGGGACGGACCAAGGUGGGUAGCUUGUACGCUACCCCACUAACAACGUCGUCAUAUGUUUUUUAUUGAUAUCCCCUCAUCCCCUGAACAAGUUUCCAUUUCAUAACUUCACGAGUCUUCCCAAGUUCCCGUACGCAAGUGAACUGCUUGAUCUUAUUCUGCACUUAUUUAUAAUCUCAGUUCGAGAUAGAUAUCAUCAUGAGCGUCAAAACCGUCGAGUUCAAGCCCUUUACCGAUCAGAAGCCUGGAACCUCAGGUCUUCGAAAAAAGGUCAAGGUCUUCCAACAACCUCACUAUAGCGAGUCCUUUAUCGCCAGCAUCCUCCUCUCUAUCCCCGAAGGCGUCGAGGGUUCUUUCCUAGUUAUCGGAGGUGAUGGCAGAUUCUGGAACCCCGAGGUUAUCCAGCUAAUUGCGAAGAUUGGCGCCGGAUACGGGGUCAAGAAGUUAUUGAUUGGACAGAACGGCAUUUUGUCUACCCCAGCUGCUAGUCAUGUCAUUCGAAAGCGAAAGGCUACGGGAGGCAUUCUCUUGACUGCCAGUCACAACCCCGGUGGUCCCGACCAAGAUUUCGGCAUCAAGUACAACCUGUCCAAUGGCGGUCCUGCUCCGGAAAGUGUAACGAACAAGAUUUUCGAAGCCUCAAAAACCCUCACUUCCUACAAGGUUGCCGAUAUUCCCGACGUAGAUAUAACUACAAUUGGGACCAAGACCUACGGUAGCCUAGAAGUCGAAAUCGUCGACAGCACAGCAGACUAUGUCCAGAUGCUCAAGGAUAUCUUUGACUUCCCCCUAAUCAAGAAGUUCUUCACCGAAAACCCCGACUUCAAGGUUCUCUUCGAUGGUCUACACGGUGUUACAGGUCCAUAUGGAAAGGCAAUCUUCGAGCAGGAGUUAGGACUCUCCGACUCUACCCAAAACUGUGUCCCCAAACCUGAUUUCAACGGUGGACACCCAGACCCCAAUCUCACCUACGCUCAUUCUCUAGUGGAAGUCGUCGAUAAGAACUCUAUCCCCUUCGGUGCAGCGUCUGAUGGUGAUGGUGACCGAAACAUGAUCUAUGGUGCCGGAGCGUUCGUAUCGCCCGGUGAUAGUCUGGCGAUCAUAGCCCACCACGCACAACUCAUCCCCUACUUCAAGAAACAGGGUGUGUAUGGAUUGGCCCGCAGUAUGCCAACGUCCGGAGCUGUCGAUCUUGUUGCUAAGGCUCAAGGUCUAAACUGCUACGAGGUGCCGACAGGUUGGAAAUUCUUCUGUGCCCUUUUUGACGCAAAGAAGUUAAGUAUCUGUGGCGAGGAGAGCUUUGGUACCGGUAGCAACCAUGUUCGCGAGAAGGAUGGACUAUGGGCUGUCGUAGCAUGGCUUAACAUCAUUGCCGGUUUAGGGGAGGCCCACCCCGAGACUAAGCCAAGCAUCAAACAGAUUCAGCAGGACUUCUGGAAGACCUAUGGCCGGGUGUUCUUUACCCGUUACGACUAUGAGAAUGUUGACUCCGACGGCGCCAACAAGGUUGUCAAAACACUAGAAGACCUUGUCGCCGAUCCUAACUUUAAGGGAAGCAAGAUAGGAGAACGCACGGUAACUGACGCUGGUAACUUCUCCUAUACUGACCUGGACGGCUCCGUCGCUUCAAAACAGGGUCUUUACGCCCGCUUCGAUAGCGGCAGCCGAAUCGUUGUCAGACUUUCAGGGACUGGAUCAUCUGGUGCGACCAUCCGUCUAUAUAUCGAGAAGUACAGCAACGACCCCUCAACUUAUAGUCAAGACGCCCAGGACUUCCUCAAGGAUGAAAUCAAAUUUGCCACAGAUCUGUUGAAGUUCAAGGAAUACGUGGGACGCGACGAACCAGACGUGAAGACAUAGACGAGUCUACGGGUUGGUGAAGUUGAAGCUUUGGAAGCAGGGAGUAAAAUCGAUUAUAGGGGUAAUCAUUGGAGGUUGUUUGCUAAAGAAAUCACGUAAUUACCACUAGUAUAUUUCGAAGGAAAUACAAAAAUUUCAGAACAAGUUACUAGGUAAUAUGGCCGGGG